AUGUACCUGUUCUCCGACCAAAACAUCGAGAAGGACUACACGGUGUGGUGGUGCGGCUCGCUGACCUUCCUCCGCACCACCGACCUCUUCUCCCAGAACGACCAAUACUCCGCUUCCGACACGAAAAAACUCCGCGAGGUAGCUCUUUUUCUUCUUCUUUUUCUCUCACCUGCAGAAGCUCUUCGCGAUGCGCUGCCUGCCGAUCUUCAUCGACAGCGAGCUGAACCAGCUCUACUACAACGGCUACUGCAAGAGCAUUCUCUCGCCGAUGCUCCACGGCUGCACCAUGGUCUACGACGACGCCGAGAGCUCCUUCUCCUACCAGAAGAACACGCUCCUCACCGUCAGCUACCAGAACGCCUAUCGCCGCGUCAACAAUCUCUUCGCUCAGGAGAUUCUGCGCUACUGCGAGAUUCUCCACGUCCUCGAUUCGCAGCCCGUUAUUUGGAUCAACGGAUAUCAGCUACUCCUCCUCCCGCGGGACUUGCGGCUCUAUCUCGCCACGCGGAAUCGGAGGUAGGCGCUCCCGCGGGGAUCGAGGGUAGGGCGCGGACGUCGAUUCCCUGCUCGGAUUCCCGCGUAAACAUGUACAUUCCCGGGAAUCUGGCGGCGUCGUCGGCGUCGCUGUAUUCCCCGCGGGACGAGAAUGCGUCCGCGUCCCCGCGGGGGAGCGUUCUGUCGCGGGAGGGCUCGGUGGAGGCGGUUCAGGACGAAGAGCGUCUGUUUUCCGCGGGACCGGAAUUCGUGGAUAAUUUGGACGACGAUUUGGACGAUGAGAAAAUGCUGGUAGGCGAUUGGCGAGCAGAAGGGUGA